GGCACAACACACCGUGGUGCUGACGGAGGAUGGCCAUCUCUAUGCCACGGGCAAGGGGGAUUUCGGACGCCUGGGACGGGGCGAUACCAAUGACGAGGUUGAUUUCCACGUCAUUGACUACUUCGAGCACACAGAUGACUCCAUUCUGGAACCAGGUGACCCGGCGCGGAUCUGCAAAGUCGCCUGCGGAGAAAACUUCUCCGCCGCGAUGAGCGAGCAGGGCGAGCUGUGGGUUUGGGGACGGAACGACUACGGUCAGCUGGGCUUGGGGGAAGAGGCUAUGGGUGACAUGUACUCGGCGGAGCGCUUCCCCCGUCUGGUGCGAGCGCUGCCUUUGGAGGGACACAAGGUGGUGGACUUCGCCUGUGGCGAGCACCACGUGAUUUGUGUCACCUCGGAGGGACAGCUCUUCGAAUGGGGCGAUCGCAGUUGGCUGGAGCCACACCGGGUACUGCCUCCACAGAUCGAAGAUGAGGACUUCCAUCGAAUCGUUAAGGUAGCUGCAGGUGACAAGUGCAGCUUUGCCCUGACGGAGAGUGGGAAGCUGUUCACCUGGGGAUCCAAGAGCAGUGGUUGCUUGGCGCUGGGCCCCGAAAGUCCCAAGAACGUGGUGGAGCCUAGUCCCAUCAAUCCCGAGGUCUUCAAACACCAGAAGGUCGUUGACAUCGUGGCCUCCAAAUACAGAUGUCUGGCCAUCAGUGAUGAAUCGCAAUAUGUGUCAUAGGGGAUCACCAUCCCAAACGGCAGCCC